UCGUCGUCUACGCAACUUCCCCACUUCUGUUUCACAGUCUCCACACAAACUAAUUCAAGCGGUUUCCCCUGUUUGGGUUUUUACGGCGGCUCUAAACCCGUUUCACAGUGUAUCUUGAACAUUGGUAAUGGCCACUGAAUUAAACGCUCUGGAUUCUGAGCCUACUAUUGCGGAAACAGUACCAGAUCCAGAUUCUACAACGGAGAAACCGGAUGAGUCUCCUCCAACAAACGACACAAAACAUACCGUUACAGUGUCGAGUACCCCGUCUGUUACUGUCACUGCAUGUGCUACUGGAUCUGAUGUAGUCUCUUCUCAGCCAAAUGGCAAUGGUCAAGCACAUGCUACUGAUAUUUUAAAGGGAAGUCACCGCGACAAAAACAACUCAUAUGUCUAUUCUGAUUCGACUUUGCGUGGAGAUCGGGCAAAAAGAAGCGAUUGCUGGUCUCAAACUUCUUUUUCGAGUCCUAGGCCUACCGGACAUUUCAACGGUGCUGGUAGGCUUCAUGCCAAUACACAAUCACAUGCAUUCAGACCUCAAUUUAAGGGAAAGGAAGCCGCAGGACACUUUUUAAAACUCUCCAAUCAAAAGACAAGCUCUUUCCCUUAUUGUGGUUACAUCAAUGGAAACUCAAACAAUGGUUUCUGGGAUCAGAGAGAUCAGUACAGGAAACUGGAGAUCAAGGAAGAAUCUGACUCCUUGGUUGAAUUGAAAUGUGGUCCGAGAGCCAAUGCAAAGACUCGUCCUCCUUCUGAGUCAUCAUCAUCACUCAAGCAAAACAAUUCAUUUGCCUUGGCUAUUCAUAGAGAGAUGUACAACAUCCCAGAUUUUCAGACUGAGUAUGAAGAUGCUAAAUUUUUCGUAAUCAAGUCCUACAGUGAAGAUGAUGUUCACAAGAGUAUCAAAUAUUCCGUGUGGUCAAGCACCAUCAAUGGAAACAAGAAACUCGAUGCAGCUUUCCGUGAUGCUGAAACAAAAACACUCGAGGAUGGCAAAAAACGUCCAAUUUUUCUCUUCUUCUCGGUGAAUGCAAGCAGACAAUUUGUGGGAUUAGCUGAGAUGGUUGGAUAUGUUGACUUCAAAAAGGAUUUAGAUUUCUGGCAGGUCGAUAAGUGGAGUGGCUUUUUCCCGGUUGAAUGGCAUGUGGUCAAAGAUAUCCCUAACUGGGAGUUACGCCAUAUCGUCCUCGACAACAAUGAGGACAAGCCAGUUACUCAUACGAGGGAUACUCACGAGAUCAAAAUCAAAGAAGGUCUCCAAAUGCUCUCGAUAUUCAAGAACUACUCUGCGAGAACAUUUUUGUUAGACGACAUGGACUUUUAUGAAGAACGAGAGAAGUCUCUCCGAGUGAAGAAGGAGCAUAAACCUGCCACUCUUCGCAUGGAUCUCUUCAAAGAGAAAGACUAUGAUUAUGAGAUGGAAGGUAAUAGGAGAAUGCAUCAUCAAGGAAGAGGAUAUAAUUGGAACAGAAGUAGCAGUAGCAAAACACAAGCGUCUCUUGUCAAUCUAACCAAGAAUCUCUCCGUAGGAGGCUACUCUUCUUCCAAGAGGAACACUGGCAAUUAUUCAACAUGAGGCCACAUUCUUCUAUUCCUCGUCAACGUUAUUUGAUUCAUUUAUGAAUUGCUUUAGUUAGUUCAUGUUACAUUAGGUUCUUUAUUAUUGUUCCUUUCUUAGGGCGUCUAGUUUGGUUUUUCUUUAAUUUCAUCUUCAGCUGUCUUUAAGCCUACAGAUCAUUUUCACGAUUUCAAUGACAAAAUUAGUCAGUUUUCAGAUA